CUACCCGAGGAAAAGCUUUUCCAAGGUGUUCGUAUUUAACAGAUAGAUAGAUAGAUGGAUGGAUGUAUUAAUCCCAGGUGGAGUUAAUUUGCUGUAUCAGCCAUACAGUAAGAGACUAUGUCAAAAAGUUCACAUAUGAAGAAAAGAAGUUAAAUACAAAGACCACUGGGGAAUCUCUGCAUUUGUGAUGGGAACUCAUCUGGUGGCCAUGAAGGCCACUAGGUGGCAGCACGAGUUUAUGCUGUGGUAUUAUAACAGUGUUAACGAGUUAGAGCAGAGACUCGGUCCUGAACCACAUGUUUCAAUAUGUUUACCUGUAAACUUCGAAAAUAUAUCACAGAUAGCGUAAGCAGCAAUGUAACGAUUUUUGCAAGUUAAUGUUUCAAUAGUACUGAGUGGGUUCACGUCUUUGGGGCCGAGACAAACGUUAGUAAUAACUUGCGAAAAAGUUUCAAAUCUCGUACAGGAGAAUAUAAGUACACUGUGAUGAUGAAUACCUCAAUGUCCUAAUUUUGCAGUGAGGUGUGUGCAUGGUGUCCCCGUGUGUCCAGCUGUCGUCUCUUCUCUCCUCCAUCCCUCUGACAGCGGCGAGAGAUGAGGGCGCCGUGAUGAAGACGCUUCAGUGCGCGUGAGAGGUGAAGAGUUAAAACGUGUCCGGCCUCCGCGGCCGCUGAUUGGUCCGCGGCCGCGGCGCCGGGGACGGACGACAAGCCUCCGCUGUGCGCGCACCGGGACAAGUCACUUGGUGGACGAAGCGGGCUACGACAGUCUGGACCGCCCCGAGUGUGUGUGUGUGUGUGUGUGCGCGCGCGCGCGUUUGUUGUUCUACAUUAACAUACGUCCGUUGUGUUGUGAAUUGUGGAAGCGUCCGUUUUAGUUCUUUUGCUCGUCCGUCCCUCGAGUUUGUCGGUGUUGUGUCGGAGACGAGCGGCCGGCGGUUCCGUUAGAUGUCGGUGGGAAGUCGACCACUGUCACUUUUGAUUCAUGGACUCGACACGGACUUCAGCUGAAAGCACCGAGAGGCUAAUACGAGGUUGACUUCAUUCAUUCAGUGUCCAGAUUUCGGGAACAUGAAGUUGUCUCGGGACAGUAUGGAUGUCCUGAAGAUUGUGCUGUUCGUCUUCGAGGCUGUGUUACUGACAGACUGCGCAAGAGGACCUCCACGGGUGUCGGAGAAGGUCGCUCACAGACAGACAGCCCGACUUGGUAGUGCCAUAAAGCUGCCGUGUCCGGUGGAAGGAGACCCUCCACCCCUGAUCAUGUGGACCAAAGAUGGGCGCAACAUUCACAGCGGCUGGAUCCGUUUCCGUAUCCUCCGCAUGGGCCUGAAGAUCAAGGAGGUGGAGGCAGAUGACACAGGCACCUACAUCUGCAAAGCUACCAACGGCUUUGGUAGCGUUAACAUCAACUACACCCUCAUCGUCAUCAACGACUCGGGUUCUGAUAAAGCAGGACCCAGAGAUGCUGACGGAGCUGAGUCUGAGCUGGGUGGCACGUCAGACAAAUUUGUGCGUCCUCGCUUCACCCAGCCCGCCAAGAUGAGGAAGAGGGUGAUAGCCCGUCCUGUUGGCAGCUCCGUGAGGCUCAAGUGCGCGGCCGGUGGAAACCCUCGGCCGGACAUCGUGUGGCUAAAGGACGACCGGCCCCUGUCGGAGCGGGAGGUCGGCGAGGGCCGUCAGAAGAAGUGGACUCUGAGUCUGAGGAACUUGACGCCAGAGCACAGCGGCAGAUACACCUGCAGGGUCUCCAACCGGGCAGGGGAAAUCAAUGCCACGUAUAAAGUUGAGGUCAUACAGAGGACCAACUCCAAGCCCGUUUUGACGGGCACCCACCCGGUCAACACGACGGUGGACUACGGCGGCACCACGUCGUUCCAGUGCAAAGUGAGGAGCGACGUCAAGCCGGUGAUCCAGUGGCUCAAGCGCGUGGAGUCUAACGAGGAGAGUCGCUACAACUCCACCAUCGAGGUGGGGGACCACCGAUUUGUGGUGCUGCCCACGGGGGAGGUGUGGUCGAGGCCCGACGGCUCCUACCUCAACAAGCUGCUAAUUACCCGUGCCAAGGAGGAGGACGCCGGCAUGUACAUCUGCUUAGGCGCCAACACCAUGGGCUACAGCUUCCGCAGCGCCUUCCUCACUGUGCUGCCAGACACAAACCCUCCCAUCACGCCCAUGUUCUCACCAGCUUCCAGCUCCCUCCCCUGGCCCGUCAUUAUUGGGAUACCCGCUGGAAUAGUGUUCAUCUUUGGCACAGUGCUGCUGUGGUUCUGCCAGAGCAGAAAACACUGUCCUCCUCCCAGCGCUCCCGCUGCGGCCUCGCAGGUACUGCAGAGCUCCCACCGACUGCCGUAUCGCGAGCGGGACAGGGGCUGCGUGGCGCCGUCGUCCUCCGGCCCAGAGAAAGACUGCAUGAGCUCCGUGAACUAUGAGGAGUAUCUAGCACAGCAGCAGCUCCUCCUCAGUCAGGGAGGACCAACACUCCCCCCGAAGAUCUACCCCAAAAUCUAUACGGACAUUCACACGCACACUCACUCCCAUGUGGACGGGAAAGUACAUCAGCAUCAACACAUUCAUUUUCAGUGUUAGCCUUAGUGCCAAAUACUCCCCCACCGACUGCUCCAGUAUCUCAGAGGCAAAGCGAGUUGUGGACAUUCACCUGACAUCACUCCAAUCAAGAUCAGAAACUCUUGGAGCUGGACAUUGUUGGGAGAGUUAGCAUGUGUGAAAAACAGUGGCCAGUGACACACACCUCGUGUUUUUUUUUGCAUCCAAUACUUCCAUAUUUGGUGCUUUGUUUUUACCUUCAGAUUCUCACACCACUAAAGAAACCCAUUAAUCCUUGUUGUGCACUUAUAACAAAAAAGGACAAGGAAAUCUAAAGCGCGUGAGUUGAACUGCAGCUAUUCAGGCCAGCUGAACGGUCUUCCUCAGCAGUUGGAUUUUUGCAUUUUCCUACUUGAGGUGUGGUUGAAAAAAAAUAAAUGGAGGUGUUACCUUUCACAUUAUCAGCUGUUGGAGCGCAGAGACUGUGUGUUCUGCCUGGUUAUGAAGAUGAAAAUGGUACUUGGAGAUUUACAAAAGGGCUGUUUUUUUAUGCUCCUACUCAGGUUGUCCUUUUUUUAAUGUUAAAGAUGCAUAAUGUUUGGAACGCUGACCACUACCCUUCACGUUACCUUACUCCAUCCCUCACUUCUGUACCUUGUUGAGAGUGAUAUAGAGUAGGCUGGUAGGUUUUUUUAUAGCCUGUUUAUGGCAUGCAAACCUUGCCUCAGACUGCAAGGGAUGGAAUGGUUGUGUUCUCAUGUCAACUGAAUUGGUCGUCAUUAUUAUUUAGGUAGGUUCCAUCACUAGUCAGAAGCAUUUUGAGAUAAACCAGCAGUCUGCUGUUUUGACCGCCACCUUAUCCACCCACAGUAUAUGAAGCUGUAGUCAUUUAUAAUCAAAUUGAGUCAUGAAUAUUUAAUUUAUUUUGUUAAAAAAAAAUGUAUCAAAAGUUUAUUUUUCAGAGUAAGGCAUUUUUACAUAUCUAUGUAAUGUUAUUAAAGUAUACUGUUGUCGUCUAUAGUACAUUUUGAGUACUCGUCACCCAGUUUAAUCACAUUUAGUUCAUGCAAAUAUUUUAGGUAUUUCUGUAUGUAAUUGGUUGUAUUUGACAAUCUUGUAUGAUGUACUCUGUUCAAGGCUCAAAAACUAAAUCAUCUCAAAGUUUGAUGGUUUGGUAGUUUGAUUAAAUGACCUGAAACAAA